AUUAACAAUAUAGAGGUCGGUCUUGGGAGGAGCGUUCGUGAUUUCUGAAAUAUUGUAAGUAGUUUAUUGAACGUUUAUGAGAUGAACAUACAUUGGGCACUGUUCGGGAAAUGUAUUGUGUUUCAUUGUAAAUGGUUUUGAAUAUGUCAAUUUAACGCCUUAAUAUUGUCCUUGGUGGCUAGCAUUGGUCAACUAGCUAACGUUAGCAAGCUUCUUCAACGUCUGCGAGACUGGAGCUUGCUGCUGGUGACAAGAAAGGGCACCCUGGCCUGACACAACAAUCCGACUGUCUCGGGACUUCUAUUUGAAUUUGUUGCAACCAUGAAGUUCACGCAAUUUUUGCUAAGGAACAGCUCCAUACCUAAACAAGCACUAGUGGAUCGGUUUUCCAAGUUCUCCCCCUCGCCGCUGUCAAUGAAACAAUUCAUAGACUUUGGCUCGGCCAAUGCCUGUGAGAAGACGUCCUUUGUGUUCCUUCGUCAGGAGCUUCCUGUCCGGCUGGCCAACAUCAUGAAGGAGAUUGACUUCCUCCCUGACAAGCUUCUCAGCACCCCUUCACUACAGUUACUACAGAGCUGGUAUGCAACAAGUCUGAUGGAGAUAGUGGGCUUCCUGGAGAAAGAGCCCGAUGAUAAAAAGAUCCUGAAGAAGUUCACUGAGACGCUGGUGAACAUCAGGAACCGCCACAACAACGUGGUUACCACCAUGGCACAGGGGGUGGUGGAAUACAAGGAUGCCUUUGGCUCCGACCCUGUGACCAAUCAGAACGUCCAGUAUUUCUUGGAUCGCUUCUACAUGAGCCGCAUCUCCACACGCAUGAUCAUGAACCAGCACUCUCUCAUCUUUGAUGGAAGCGCCAACCCCGCCCAUCCCAAGCACAUUGGCACCAUCGACCCUGACUGCGCCGUGACGGAGGUGGUAAAAGAUGCCUUUGAUAGCUCCAAGAUGCUCUGUGAACAGUACUACCUGACCUCGCCAGAGAUUGACCUCACACAAGUCAACGCCAAAGGUCCUGACCAGCCUCUUCGUAUUGUCUAUGUUCCUUCCCAUCUCUACCACAUGCUGUUUGAGCUCUUCAAGAACGCCAUGAGAGCAACAGUGGAGACUCAUGAAAUGGCCCUGCAUCUCCCGCCGGUCAAAGUCCGAGUCUCACUGGGCAGUGAGGACCUAACAAUCAAGAUAUCAGAUCGAGGAGGCGGAGUUCCCCUGAGGAAGAUAGAGCGUUUGUUCAGUUACAUGUACUCCACCGCCCCCAGCCCCGUCGAUAUUGACAACAGCCGCAAUGCACCACUGGCUGGUUUUGGCUAUGGUCUUCCCAUCUCCCGUCUCUAUGCCAAGUACUUCCAGGGAGACCUGCAGCUCUACUCCAUGGAGGGAUAUGGGACGUCAGCUGUCAUCUACCUGAAGGCCUUGUCCUCAGAGUCUGUGGAAAGACUUCCUGUUUACAACCAGUCAGCCAUAAGGCAUUACCAGACAAGCAAUGAGGCAGAUGACUGGUGCAUGCCCAGCAAGGAUCCCAAGAAGCUGGGGAAGUAUGAGAGGAGAAGUUAACCAAACAGAUGGAGAGAGAGAGCUCAGAUAACAUGAGGAGCAGGAGGAAAGAAAGAAGAAGAAGGGGGUUGACUGAAAGGAGGAAUGGAAGGAUGAUUCAUAAUCAGAAACUGACAGAAGGUACCCAGUUGUACUGUGUAUGUGCGCGUGUGUGAGAUAUCUGGAUUCUUCGCAAUGGAGAUUCUCAUCCAGCACUUGAAGUGGAGAAACACAUUCAGGUUGGAGGCGUUUCAAUGGCAAUACCAGGAUCUCUAUUCAAAACCAGGAUCUCUACCAGGAUCUCUAUUCAAUACCAGGAUCUCUAUUCAAAACCAAGAUCUCUAUUCAAUACCAGGAUCUCUAUUCAAUACCAGGAUCUCUAUUCAAUACCAGGAUCUCUAUUCAAUAAGUGACUGUGAAUGUUACAGUCAGAAACAGGGCCAUAAACUACUCACAAUCACAUCUCACGUUUUGGUUUCAUUUAGCCACACGUUUCAGGUAUUCAUUUCACUCACUUAUUGUAACAUUAUGACACUGAAGCAGUGUAAAAAAAACUAGCAUUUUGUUUAAAAGGUGUAUUUUAGUUUGUAACUGAUCAUUUAAUUUAUUAAACGCCUGAAUUUGGUUAUACAGUGAUAUAAGCGGCAGGGUAGCCUAGUGGUUAGAACGUUUGACUAGUAAUCGAAAGGUUGAAAGUUCAUACCCCCGAGCUGACAAGGUACAAAUCUGUCGUUCUGCCCCUGAACAGGCAGUUAACCCACUAGGCCGUCAUUGAAAAUAAGAAUUUGUUCUUAACUGACUUGCCUAGUUAAAUAAAGGUUAAAUAAAUAAAAAGCUGCACUAUCACAGUAGUAUUGUCUGUGAUACUACAUUUUAGAUUUUGUAUCUAGUGUUCUCUAAACUCUUCACUUACGGCUACAGUAUCCAGCUAGAACACUGAGCUCCAUGGACGCAGAUAGAUAUAGUGUGUCAGUCAGAGACAUGUCAAGGCCAUGCUGUCAGUCGAUGGGUUUUCUCUGGUUACCCUUCUACUACAGGAUGUUCUAUGGGUACAUAGUGGUCAACAAAUGUUAUUUUCAACAUACUAUGUAGACUCCAUAUAGUUUCAACUCUGAGCAUUUCACCUUUUUGUUUUUUACCGCUUACAAAUAUUAGACAGACGUUUAUCUCCAAUGGUUUUUGCGGCCUAAAAGGAAUUUAGUAGAAUCAACUGUAAAUCUUGGUGACUGAUUUUUAUGUUCCACCCUCACUUGUUGAAUAAGACAAGAGCUCAAACAAAGGUCAUUCAUUCAAGGUUUCCUAUGAAGACAGAAAAUAGAUAUUAAAGACAUUGAGGUAUCUAGUACAUUUACUCUAAACCAAGUCCAACUGAGUUUAAGUAUAAGUUAUGUGAAUAUUGAGAUACAUUUUCUAUCAUUCUGUUAUAUUUUUCAAUGACUAAAAUGAUUGCAUUUUAGAGGCCGGAAAGGUCUUUUAUACAUGAAGUAUUUAUUGAAUAACGUUGUGUGCCAGAGAGCAAAAUGGGAGUAUUAUCACAUUUCUGUGAUUAGGGACACGGUAAGACUGAGUUGAAUCAAAUGUUUGACUGGUGCCCAGUGUGGGUAUUCUUUGAUGUGUUAACUGGGGCAGUCAUUACACCAUUUCAUUUCCUGUAUACACUAAAUAGUCACUAUUAUUACACUCCUUAGCAAUAAGAAAUCACAUAAAAGACUAUGUACACUUACUAACAUUUAAUCCAAUAACAGCUAAGUAUUUGUAACUAGUCAAUAUUUGUAUGUGUAUUGAAACAAAACAAAAAUAGUUUGAGACUAACACUGAAGUGCCAAAUUUUAUUUCUCUCUUUCUGGUUUUUAACAUGUAUGGUUUUAAAUCACACGAUCUCGGGAUGUUGAAGGCAUUUCAUAUCACCGUAAGUGCUGUGAUGUCAUAUUAAACCGACCUGGGAGGAGCUAUCUAUCAAUGGAAGUUGCUGAUUGGACCUCACACGGUGGGCGGAGUCCUAAUUUGAGAUUAUUGCACAUAAUUUAUUAUUGUUGCCGUGAAUAGAUGAUUUACCAAUAUACAUUAUUUGGGUUAUGGGCAACCAUCUAAUGUCAGGAUUUCAGUCUAAUUGAAUUCUAACUGAAUAACAAUAGUGGUUAUCUGCUUAUUUUAAGCAUCUUUAGGUUGUUCAAUAAAAUGCAGCUCUUUAUGUAGUGCUCACUCUGCCUUUUGUCCCUCUGCCAGUGCCUUCAGAAAGUAUUCAUACCCCUUGACGUAUUCCACAUUUUGUUGAGUUACAGCCUGCAUUCAAAAUGUAUUAAAUAAAUAAAACAUCUCACCCAUCUACACACAAUACCCCAUGAUAACAGUGAAAACAUGUUUGUAGAAAGUUUAGCAAAUGUAUUUAAAAUGAAAUACAGGAAAAUCUCAUUUACACAGGUAUUCACACCCAUGUUUCAAUACAUUGUAGAAGCACAUUUGGCGGCGAUUUCAGCUUUGAGUCGUCUUGGGUAUGUCUGUAUAAGCUUUGAGUCGUCUUGGGUAUGUCUGUAUCAGCUUUGAGUCGUCUUGGGUAUGUCUGUAUCAGCUUUGAGUCGUCUUGGGUAUGUCUGUAUCAGCUUUGCACAUCUGGAUUUGGGGAUUUUCUCCCAUUCUUCCUUACAGAUUUUCUCAAACUGUUAAGUUAGGCGGUGAACAGAAAUCUUCAAGUCUUUCCACAGAUUUUCAAUAGGAUUCAAGUCUGGGCUUUGGCUGGCCUACUCAAGGACUUUCACAUUCUUGUUCUGAAGCCAUUGCAGCGUUGCUUUGGCUCUAUGCUUGAGGUCGUUGUCCUGUUGGUACGUAAAUCUUCGCCCCAGUCUGUUGUUUGCACUCUGAAGCAGGUUCUUAAUGAUUUGACUGUAUUUUGCUCCAUUCAUUGUUCCCUGUAUAUCCUUAAGUCUCCCAGUCCCUGCCACUGAAAAGCAUCCCCCAUAGCAUGAUGCUGCCACCACCAUGCUUCACAAUAGGGAUGGUUUUCUUUUACACAUAGCACUUUGCAUUCAGGCCAAAUAAUAAAUGUGUCUCAUCAGACCACAUCAUCCUUCAGCCUUAUGACCUGUCUUUCACGUGCUGUCGUAUGCCUUUUUCUCAGGAGUGGCUUCCGUCUGGCCACUCUCCCAUAAAGCCCAGCUUGGUGAAGUGAUGUAGAGACUGUUGUCCUGGUGGCAGGCUCUCCCAUCACAGCCAUUGAACUCUGAAGUGCUGUCUGACCAAGGUCCUUCUUGCCCAGUUGAUUAGUUUGGUCAGCUCUAGUCUAGAUGGAAUAAAAUAUGGAACUAUUUUCCAAUGAUGGAGACCACUGUGUUCUUGAAAACUUUCAACACGCUAGAAAUAGUUUUAUACCCUUCACCAGAUAUACAGUGAGCUUCAUUUUGUUGUUUUGGCUCUGUGCAGACUGUCAGGUUUAAUUUGAAGGUAUUUUGAUCUACAUAUGGUGAACCGUCCCAUAUUCAUAGCAUGCAAUGACUACAUCAAGCUCUACAAACUGGCUGGAUGCAUUUGCUAUUUGUUUUAGUUGUUUGAUUAUCUUGUGCCCAUUGGAAAAUAAUGGUAAAUGUAUUGUGUCAUUUGGAGUCACUUUUAUUUUAAAUAAGAAUAGAAUAUGUUUCUAAACAUCCUAACAUGUUUUACCUCCCCUGAUAUUGUAAUGGUGAAAGGUUAGCAUGUGUUGGGGGUAUGAUAUUUGUGCAUGCUUGGAAUAUGGGACCAAAUACUAAACUUUUGACUAUUUAAUACACAAGUGAAUUUGUCCCAAUACUUUUGGUCCCCUAGAAUUGGGGGAACAUGUACAAAAAGUGAUGUAAUUUAUAAACGGUUCACCCUAUGGAUGAAAAUACCCUCAAAUUACAGUCGGCACUUUAACCUCCAUAGUCAUUGUAUCAUUUCAAAUCCAAAGUGCUGGAGUACAGAGCCAAAACCACAAAUAUUUCAUUAUCUCAAUACUUAGUUUUUAGGCAUACAGUAAGCUCAAUCUCAGCGAUCCUACAGUUCCUUGGACUUCAUGGUAUAGUUUCUGCUCUGACAUGCCCUGUCAACUGUGGGACUUCUAUAGACAGGUGUGUUUCUUUCUAAAUCAUGUCCAAACAAAUGGAUUGGCCACAGGUGGACUCCAAUCAAGUUGUAGUGACAUCUCAAGGAUGAUGGAAGGACAUUUGGAUGCACCUGAGCUCAAUUUGGAGUGUGUGCAAAGGGGUGUAAAUUUGAUAUUUCUAUAUUUCAUUUUCAAUAAAUUUCCCCAAAAUGUAUAAAAACAUGUUUUUACUUCAUCAUUAUGGCGUAUUGUGUGUAGAUGAAUGAGAAACAUAUUUAGAUUCAUUUUCAAUUCAGCCUGUAACAACAUAAUGUGGAAUAAGUCAAGGGGUAUGAAUACUUUCUGAAUGUGCUGUAUGUGCCUGCAGUGCUUCCAUUUAGCAGCCUUUGCAAGUGCUUCAGUCAAAGUGAUUAUGGUAACAACAAUUUCUAUCUACUAACUACAGUAUUGAUUCACUCCUGUAUACAUUUGUUUUUUAGAUUUGUUUUUCAUUAAAAAAGGACCUGAUUUUUAAGGGUUGAUGAUCAAUGUUUUCCCUCAUCGCUAUUAUUUGAUCCUAUCAUGUUGUCAAGGCCGAUUUGUUACAAACUGAAUCAGAGGGGAAGGUUCUGACAGUACAGUCAAGUUUACCAUGUGGAUAACUGAUAAGAACUACCAACUGUCACAACUACCAUCGCUGAACACAGUAUAAUAAAAAACAUUUAAAACAC